AGUGGUAGUGUGAGGUGCUGUUCCGUGUUUAGGUUUUUGUUGCAUUUGAAUUUAAUGAUACGAACCAGAUUAACAGUGUUUUCUCGUUAAAGUGGUACUGUACAGCCAUGACUGAAGAUGAAUCUAGUGUUCGCGUCGCCAUCAGGGUGCGACCCCAGAUCGCGCGCGAGGUGAUCGAGAUGUGCCGCGUGUGCACGUCUGUAACGCCCGGUGAGCCGCAGGUGUGGCUAGGGUCUGACAAAGCCUUCACGUACGACCACGUCUUCGACAUGGACACGCAGCAGGAGGACGUCUACCACAAGUGUGUUCACGGCCUCAUCGAGGGAUGCUUCAAAGGAUACAACGCCACCGUGUUGGCCUAUGGGCAGACGGGGUCUGGCAAGACCUACACGAUGGGCACAGGUCUAGAGGUGGACUCGUUGUCUGCAGACCUUCAGGGCAUCGUGCCCCGGGCCAUGAACCAUCUUUUCGAGGGCAUCUCCCAGAGAAGAAGGGAGGCUCUGGAACAACAGAAAACUCCGCCUGAAUUUAAAGUCACUGCACAUUUUAUGGAGCUUUACAAUGAAGAAGUUAUUGAUCUAUUCGAUCCUGCUUUCAAGGGCAUAGGCAAAAGCUCCGUCCGUAUCCACGAAGACUCGAGCGGAGGCAUUUACGUGUCGGGGAUCACGACGCGCGCCGUGAGCUGCGUGGAGGAGGCCAUGCAGUGCCUGAGGGCGGGCGCUCUUAGCCGCACCACGGCCUCCACCAACAUGAACGCUCAGAGCAGCAGGUCUCAUGCUGUCUUCACCAUCAACAUCACACAGCAGAGACUUGCCGAGCCACAGGAUGGGGAGGAGGAGCAAGAAGGUCUGGGUGACAGCAGUAACGCGUUGCCUGAGUUUGAGACAUUGACGGCCAAAUUCCACUUCGUGGACUUGGCGGGGUCUGAGCGUCUCAAGAGGACGGGCGCCACGGGCGACCGCGCUAGGGAGAGCAUCUCCAUCAACUGUGGACUUUUAGCGUUAGGCAACGUCAUCUCAGCGUUGGGCGACGUUACGAAGAAGGCUUCUCACGUCCCAUACCGAGACUCGAAACUCACGCGACUGCUACAAGACUCCCUCGGAGGCAACAGCCAGACUGUGAUGAUAGCGUGCAUCUCACCGAGCGACACGGACUUUAUGGAGACGCUCAAUACGCUCAAGUACGCGAACCGAGCGCGCAACAUCAAGAACAGAGUGACAGUCAACCAGGACAAGACUAGCAAGACCAUCGCCUUGCUUAGGAUGGAGAUCCAGCAGCUCCAGAUCCAGCUCAUGGAGUACAGACAGGGCAAGCGCGUUGUGAGCCAGGACGGCAGCGAGGCAGUCAACGACAUGUACCACGAGAACCAAAUGCUUGCCGUCGAGUGCGGCAAUUUACGCACGCGCGUCAAGGCGCUGCAAGAAACCAUCGAUGUUCUCACCGCCAAGAACACCGCACUGCUCGCUGAGAAAGCCACCGGCCAGUGGGUGUCUGCUGACGGUGACGACACAGAGGGCGCAGGAUCAGACAUUACAAGUCUGAUACAGGGAUACCUGCAGGAGAUAGAGGAGCUCAGAGCUAAGCUGUGCGAGUCUGAGCAAGUGUGCCAGCAGCUCAGGAAGCAGGUCAACAACAGGGCCAAUGCCAGGCUCUCUGUGUCACCCCUCGUACAUGUGCCUAUGUCGGGUUCACUGAUGGAGGGCGUGGAGGAAGGCAGCGGCCCCAACAGCAUCGCUGAGCUCAUCGAGGAGGCUAAGCACGACCUGCAAAAAGACAUGCGCGAAAUUUCCGCGCCCAAGAAACGGAAAAAGAAAUUAUCCCGUACGCUCUUCGGCCCCGAGACCGUACACAGGAACAACGAAGACGCAGAUACCGAGAAUAAUAAAGAGAACGAGACAGAAAACGGUGAUGAGAACAUGGAAGAAGGCGAGGCUGGGGAAGAGGUGGAGGAUGAAGAGGAGGAAGAUGAAGAAGAAAGUUCAGAUGAAAGCAGUGAGGAUAAAGAGGACGACUCAGACGAGGAGUUCUGUUCAGAGAACUACAACGAAGAGCUAGCAGACCUGACGAGCGAGAUCUCGCUGAAGCAGAAGCUGAUCGAGGGGCUGGAGCAGAGCCAGCGGCGUCUGGAGACCAUGCGCCAGCAGUACGAGGAGAAGCUCGCUGUACUUAUGAACAGGAUCAGGGCUACGCAGGACGAGAGGGAUAAGGUGCUGUCUAACUUGAAGCCUGGCGGUAACGCUGGUGACGACAAGGCUAGGCAGAUCAAGCUGGAGUACGAGCGCAAGAUCGGGCUGCUGCAGAAGGACUUGAAGAAAAUGCAGAGCGCGCAGAAGGAGCACGCCAAGGUUAUGAAGGAGAAGACCCAGCACGAGCGGCAGCUCAAGGCGCUCAAGGCAGACCUCGCCGACAUGAAGAAGGCUAAAGUCAGGCUAAUGAACAAAAUGAAGGAGGAUUCUUCGCGCGCGAAGAAAGAAGACGUGAAGAAAAAUCGCGAGAUCGCGCAGCUGCGUAAAGAGACGCUCAAGAAGGAGAAUCUCAUUAAGAACCUCGAGGCUGAGAACCGCCUUAAGAACAUCGUACUUAAACGCAAGACUCAGGAGAUCGCCGUGCUCAAGAAGGUUCCUCGCCAGGGACUCAGCGAUAAAGCCUCUGGCAGGAUAAGAAAAAAAGGCCUACAGCCCAGCCUGGUGUACUCCCCCAAAGCCGCGAAGCAGAAGUGGCAGCAGCUCGAACAAAACAUCAAUAAAGUCGCGUAUAACAAGCAAACCGUCAGCAGCCUCGAGCGAGACAUGGACAGAUGGCUGAAGGAGCGCGAGACGCUGAGCAGGCAGCUGGACAAGGCGCUCAGACGACGCGAGCGACUUGACCCAACCAACGCUACACAACUCAGUGACCUCAACGACCAGGUGGACGGUCUGCGUGCGAAUAUCAACUACAUUCAGGAGAACAUCGCUGAAUGUCAAGAGAACAUCGUGGCCAUGGAGGAGAACAAGGAUGGUGACCCUGAGAGCCUGACAACAGCAGUGUCAGGCGCGUGCAUGUCAGCAGCAGAGAGUGAAUACAUCAUCAGCAAGCUGAUCACCAUGACUGUCAGCCAGGCAACUCUCGCCGCGCAGAAGCAGGCAGCCAUCGCCGAGCUCGAGAACAGGAUGAAGCAGAUGGAGCAGAACACGACAGUCCAGGAGCAGCUACUGGCCCAUGUACUGGGUAACCCCAACCAUGAAGUGUUCAGCCUCAUGAGCUCCCUGCUCGCCGGCGACGCCUCCAACUCCACGGACUCUUCUCGCUCGCCUUCACCGUCCGAACAGCGGCCCCUCGAGCCGCCUGCCAGUCCCGUGUACUCGAGCGACUCGCUGCUGCGACGCGACAAGGCGCGAUGUCGUCAAGCCACGCCACAAGACAUGCUUUUUUCUAACGGCAGUGACAGGUCCGGAGCUACGAGCGAUGACGCUGCCUCCAGACCCUCAUCACACCCCACAUCUGCCAACAAUACCAUCAGUAGCACAAUAGUGCCUCCAGCGGUCAUUCCAUCGGCUUUCCACAUGUAUUCUUCCACCUCGAACUUGCCAUCGACUUUGCCAUCCCUGAACGCCGCGGCGUCCUCGGCAGCGAGCAGCUGUAACCCCUCAGCGGCGUCCACGAUAGACCCGCGCAUGACGACCAGCUUGGACGGAGCGCUGGGUCGCAGUGACAGCGAACAGUGGGCUAUGAGGGCACCCAGGGGCGCCGUGCUCAACAAAGGUGGCGGGGGCGUCCGUAGAGUUUCUCCGAAACUCUCGCGCAAGUCAGAUCCUUCCCCAGUGUCUGGGGCCUUGUUUCCCGCUUUGCUUCCUUCCCCACGCCUACAUCGCAAAAACUUGCCCCUCAAUAACGGGACAAUAAACGGCGCUGGGAUAGUUUUAACGCCCGUUAUCAGUUAUUCCAGACAGAACUCGGCGGAGAGCGCGACAGAAGCGACACCUCCCGCCUCGCCAGGUUCGUAUCGUCGUCAGGCGUCGAGAGAAGGCGACGUUUUCAACCGACUUACCUCAACCGGAACGUCAACCCGACACAACCGCCACCAUACCGGCGUUAUUAACCCCUACCAAGGCAGGAUCAGCCAACGGUCUGUGCUGGCCUGUACACACGUCGCUCAGGGCCACACCAAGGCGGUGCUCUCCGUCUUUGCCACCGAAGACAGGCUCUUCUCCGCUAGUAAAGAUCGCACGGUCAAGGCGUUCAGUUUUAAUACAUAUCGCACGGUGAAGGUGUGGGACUUGGUACGUGGUCAGGAGAUCGAGACGCUCACCGGUCACCCCAACAACGUCAACUGCGUCAAGUACUGCGAAAACUCACGCGCCUGUUACACCGUCUCCUCUUCAUAUAUCAAGGUGUGGGACCUGCGUGAGGACCCCAGCAGAUGUACCCGCACGCUGAGCUCGUCAGGCCUGACCACCAACGGGGCGGUGGCGGUGUCGGCGACCUCGCGCUCCCUCAUGCCCCCCGGCGAGACGCAGGUCAACGACAUCGCGCUCUCCAACACAUCCAACAUCCUCUACUCCGCUGCAUCCAACAUCGUCAGGGUCUGGGACCUCAGGAUGUGGGUAGUGUGCUCCAAGGACCACUCCAUCAAGGUGUUUGACGUGGUGGAGAGCAACAAGUCUGGUCUGAUCAGCUCCCGUCUUAACCUAGACCCUCCUCACUACGACGGCAUACAGUCCCUAGCCAUGUUCGGGGACACGCUCUUCUCAGGGUCCCGGGACAUGUGCAUCAAGAAGUGGGACAUACGGAAAGGAGAGCUGCUUAUGAACCUUAAUGCUGCGCACAGGGACUGGGUCUGCGCGCUGUGCUUCAAUCCUGGGGGACAGAUCCUGCUCUCAGGUUGCCGUGGUGGUGUGGUCAAGAUGUGGUCCACUGAGAGCUGUCAGGUCGUUGGUGAACUGCGGGCCCACGCGUCCACCAUCAACGCCAUCACCACCAACAGCACCUGCAUCUUCACUGCAUCCAAUGACUGCAGUGUGGGCAUGUGGAGAGUGCGCACGAGUUACGAUGUGUCUCCGGACCUCUCAGACGCCUCAUAGUACGAGGUCUUGCUUAGACUUACCAUCUCUCUGCUCAUCGCGAGCUCAAUGAUUCUUCUGCUGCUCCUGCUAACGUUCCUGCUCAUGCUGUGGUGCUUCACGCUCAUGCUGUGCUCCAUCACGCUCAUGCUGUGCGUCGCAGAAAUCGCCUGUUGUGCCCUCAUGUGCAGUGUGCUGGGUUUGCUACGAUGCGUGACAAUUCUUCUCUGUUUCUGUGCCGUCUGGGCUACAUGUAGCAUUGUAGUGUACUAGUCGGGCACUAGUACAACAUGUAGUAUUGUAGCAGCACCGUUGGGCACUAGUACUAGUAUUCAACCUAGUUUAAAUUACUAGAAGAAUCUUUAGCCUCACUCACCCAAGUCUCAAAUUUUUUUGGCUAGUAUGCACUAGUUGUGGUUAGCUACGCUAUUCAUAAUGUUAGUGUUGACUUAAACAUUACGAUUAUUUGCACUCUAUUAGGUGCACUGAACACGGUAUUAGUGCUGAGAAGUGCUAAUUCUGCACAUGCAGUCGAAGUUAAUGUUAGCAGGAGUGGCUUCAAGUUCAGCAGAAGACGUUGUUUCUCGAGCAGUGCUAGUCCACACUCAUUGUUUCUGUUCUGUGCUUUUCUCACGACAAGUCAGGCUAUAUAAUUUUAAUAGCUUUAUGUUGUACAUUUACCUCAUGCAUAUUGUAGAUACACUGAGGAGCUCACAACUGAGUAAAUGUUUGAGCGAGGCAGGCAAUGUCACUUUGAAGCGUAUGCUUCAUCUAAGAAAUGUUACAAAAUGUUUCUAAUUAUUGGUUUUUACCUGCUUUGCUAAGCUUCAUCUUGUCUUUAUUAGCUGUUUCAAACCAUUUACUUGGAGAGGUGAUUUGAUAACCGUAUCGGCUACGAUACUUGAAUUCUCACUUGAUAUCAAACUCAAAAUGGUAAUAACCGCUAGAACAGUUGGUGUGUAACUCUGUUACCGCCACUAACUCACAAGUUAGAAUCUUAAAUAAAAUUCUAGAGAAAACCUCUUUUUAAAUGUGUUGUUACGUGCAAGUGUUCACUGAAUUUUAAAUCUAAAAAUCGUCGCUUUUUAACUCAGGGUAUCUCAUCGUGUAGGAAUAUUAUACGCAAAUUUUUAAAACUUCCUUAUAAGAAACUAAAAAGACGUUUCGAAUAACUACAGUUAUCUAAAUAACGAUCAACUGAGUGAUGUUUUGUAAUAAAUAAAUUUAAGACAUCGCUACGGUACAAAGUAAGAUAAUACAGAAAAAUGGCAACUUUUCAGAAGUAUUACCGAACGAAGAAGUCAAGUGUCCUUGUAAAGAGUCAAUCAUCCACUACAUCGUAAUGAUAUUCUUGAUCGCCAUGUGUUGUUUGUGAUCCACAAUAAUGUUUUAAAAUACGAAUACUACUAUUGGUCUUCCAAUUGAUGCUAUAUUACUAUGCUACUCAUUUUUAGGAGAAUGAAGUGAUGUGAAUUGUAUUGGCUGACCGACUAAAGUUGCGGUCGUGAAGACUUGUAAGCAUUUAGGAAAUUGAAAUAACGUUGUUAUUCGACGUAAUUAUAUUUGUUCAUGAUAGGUGGCGACGCUUUGAAUGUGAUUCAGCAGAGUUUGCCGUUAAUAAAAACAUGAAAGUUAAUAGCUUUUUGCAUGCAAUUUACGAUCUUGCCUGGUGGUUCAGAACAAAUUUACUAACGUUUCCCCUUGUAGUGGUUAAAAGGUGGAUUUCAGGUUAUUCUGUUCCUGAAACGGUUAAAUGUAAUGCAUUCGUAAAAUGAAGCUUUAGGAAGUUAAAAUUAAGAGCUAAAGAGUAGAGGGGAAAGACAUUUUUUCGUUGAGCGGAAAGCGGGUGUUUGUAUUGCCCUGUGUAAUUUCCUGUGAACUCCGUUUCAUUUUAAACAGAGAACCAGAAAACGAGGUUAUUGGUUCUUUAUUUUAUCUGAUUUUUAAUGAUAUCUUCCGAACGAUACAAUAGGAUUCUGGUUUUAUGAUGAUGCUGCUGUCGUAGUGCUGUGAUCUUGACCUCUAUUUCUAUAUCCUAGAAAGUAAGGCUCCGUUUUGGAAUAUAUCCAUGUAAUUCAUCUCGUUUAUCAAGUUGUAUCUAUUUUGAAACCGUGGAGAGAUGUUAUUCUCCUAAAUUGGAACUAACAGGCUGGUCCAUCAUUUUCUACGCGUCAUUAGGUGUUCAUCUGAAUGAAAUGUAAUAUUCUGGUCACCAUUUUUCACCUGAAUAAUCCGAUGGAUAGGAUAGAGGAAACGAUAGCAUAAGUAGCAGUAUUAUGUGUUUAUAGGGUCAAGUAACUCAACUCUGAAUCAUUGAAUGAAUCAUUACUUUAUAUGCAAACUUCUUGCGUGUAUUGCGAGUAUAAUAAUGAGUUGUCGAUGUAAUGGUUAAAAUGUUGAUUCUAGGCGUCAUUAAAGUAGAAAUAUGUACCAAAAAAAAAAAGGAUUUCUGUCUUUUUGUCGUAAUAAUGAAUAGAGUGCUUGUUUUGUAAACGGUUUUGUUAACUUAGAAAAAAGUUAUAAUAUGGAUACAUUUCAUCGGUAUGAUUUAUUGAAAACUUUUUCUCUUUGAUUACCAAAAUUGCGUCGUAAAGACACGAUGUUCCUGGUGGUUGCUAAUUGUUAAACAUGGACGAUUAUGGUAGUUAUUUUGAAGUAGUAAUUAGAUUUAUUUGUUCAUGCUCGCCUAACUUUAUUCUGAACCAUCGUGAACAGUUUAUUUCAGUCCGCGAAACUGCUAUGUUUCUAUCGUCUUCCUUUUUUUCAUUUUCAUGCCAAAUCCAUUGUACGGGAAAGAUUUUUUCAUACCUGUGUUUUAGUAUUUUUUAGAACCAUGAGCGCAAAUUCGAUGCAAGUUUUUGUGACCUUGUUAAGCUCACGCUACAUUCCAUUGUUUUUGUGGCACUCGUAGUGUUGUGUUGUCGCCUCUGAAGUCUAGGAUGUGGUCUGGAAUUGCCGUGAAAUAAUUAGUUGUAGAUGGUAGAUGAGGCAAAUCUACGUCUAUAGGUAAGUAGAUUAACUAGUGGUAGACGGUAGUUGAGACAAAUCUACGUCUAUAGAUUAGUAGAAUAAUUAGUGGUAGACGGUAGUUUAGGCAAAUAUACGUCUCUAGAUUUCAAAUGUGGUUUUGUAAAUAUGAAUCCUCGACAACAGCUGUAUCUAAGUCAUGAACAAGAUGAAAACGCCUUGUAAAACUUAACUAAAUAGCUCAGUGCUUCAUAGUCUUGAUUUUAUCGGUAUUUAUAUACGAACGAAAUAUUUCAAACUGUUCCCGAUGUUUCAUUUUAUUUCUGAGCGUAUACCCUCUCGAAUGGGCUUGAGAAUUGAACUAAGUUGCAAUUAAUGUGCACUGCGUCUGCCGCUUUUUUUAUCGAGUAUCCCUGGCAGCUUAUUGUGUGGUUGACAUAUUAUGUAUUAGGUUGGGACGAGCGGUCCCUGCGCAUAAUGCUUCCUACCAGAUCUCGCUUGAGUGCUGAAAUGCGAGGCUAAAAUAUCGAAUAUUAGUAGUUUGUGUAUAUAUGUUCAAAGCUGUAAAAAUUUAUUUUGUUUUAAGUUGUAGUACUUCUCUUGGAGGACUAUUCUUUUGGUUUGCCAAGAAUGCCGGCGCAGCUCAUUUAAAUAAGUGUUCCUAAGGAAUACGUUCUUCUAAUGACUUAUUUUUAAGUAGGAAAUGAAACUUGAUUCAGUACCUGUGUCAUAUUUUUCUUAAUUUGCCAGAUCAAUCUGUAAUUUAGUCGAAACUUGGUAUUUCUUUUGUCCGUCGAUGCAAUUUCUUUCAAAACGAAGCCUGCUUGAAGCAUUGUCGAUAAGCGACAUUUUAUUUCGUUCAAUAUUUAUUUACUGCUUAUUUUGAUGUGAACUAAUUGUAGAAAUAAAGCGUAAUGUUACUUAACGAUGGGAAAUAACCCGUGUAUCGAGUCAAUCAAUCCCCUAAAUAAACGGAGUCAGAAGCAGCAAA